AUGUUGUCAAUUAAAUAUUCUGUAGUCUUAUUUAUAACCGCAAUACUUUUUAAUAUCGCGAAUGGAGCCAAUCCAAAUUAUAUGCUUCAACUUGUUAAUGCUGAACGUAAAAAAAACAAUUCACCUGCGCUGACUUUAGAUUCUCGACUUACUAGGGCUGCUCAAAACCAUGCUAAUUAUAUGGCAAGCAUUCAAAAGUUAACUCAUGAUGAUAAAUCGGGAAACAUUGGUGAUCGGAUUAAAGCUCAGGGUUAUAGUUGGUCUGUGGUUGGAGAAAAUAUUGCUUUCGGUCAAAAAAAUGAAGAUGAAGCUAUGAAAUCAUGGAUGAAUUCUCCACCUCAUAAGGCGAAUAUACUUGAUAAAAGAUUCAAACAUUUAGGUGUAGGAUAUUCAAGUAAUGGCAAUUAUUGGACUCAAAAUUUUGCUGCUCCAAUUUAA